UUGUUCUUGCGGAGACGGGUGACAGAUCCUCCGCAGGACGACCAUGUUCGUCUCAACAAGCCUCCGUGCAAUCUCUAGAAAUGCGCCUCUCACAGCCCGCAGGGCGUUUCACGCGUCCUCGGCGCGGAUGGUCCACUUCCUGGACGCUACACCAGAGACAUUCAAGGCGGCCGUUGCAAACAAAGAAAAGGUCGUACUCGUCGACUUCUAUGCCGACUGGUGUGGUCCGUGCAAGAUGAUCUCACCCAUCCUGAAGCGUCUUACCGACGACCCUAAGGUUAAGACGGGCAGCGGUAAGGCCCUUGACCUCGUGACAGUAGACACGGACAAGCACACGGCCCUGGCUCAGGAAUACCAGAUCUCGUCGCUCCCCACUGUCAUCGCUUUCGAAGACGGUAAGCCCGUGAGCAAGUUCAUAGGGGCCAUGCCGGAGGGCAGCGUCCGCAAUUUCCUGGGCACUCUAUAGACGUCCUCUACCCCGAGCAGACAAUUGCAUAAAUAGUUUUCACAUUUGCCAUUCGAUGUACAGCAGAGUUCUAAACAAGACUGCGUGAUCUAUCGAGGAUGUACAUAAAAUCACUGGAAGUAUCACGCCUUGGGAUGGAGAUCUUGCGCUCAUAGAUGGCGAUAUUGCAUACACCAAACAACAAUCAGAAAACUUAUGUUGACUUACCUGCAAUACACUUGCGG